AUUUCCGAUUUCCUUAAUGCCAUCACUCCUGAUUGAGUUCCGCGUUAAUGAGACACAUGUAGAGAUCACACAUUACACGUUGAAGUCUUGGAUACAUUCAUGGCAAAUCCUGAUAGAUAUUUGCGACCAGAACCCUUUUGUGAGCAGCUUUAUACCUUCAUUACACUCUGAACAUUUAUUCAAAAUUCUAGCAAGAAUUCUAAUGCAUUUUUUUCAAGCCAUAAAUACCAGUGAUUAAUUCAUUUGCCUGAACUGAUAAGCGCAGCUGUUAGUGGUCGUGAUUCCUUUCUGAUGCCUUUUAGCUUGACUUGCCUAGUCAGCCGCGAUGGAAGUGAAAAAUUCGGCUGGUUUCUCUAAAUUAUCGGCAUUAUCUCAACUCAUUUUUUCAGAAGUCGAUCUCAGAGGCCAAAUUGUGAUAACACAAUGACCUCUAUUCUUGAGGAUAAAGAGGCCAAGUCUGACGGAAGGUUACACAAUUUGUCAUCACCAAAGCGAGUGUUCUGCAAUGGCGUGUAUCCUCAGUCACAGAUGAAAAAACUCAAAACAAUGCACUGCGUGAAGGAAGGACAUUUGCUGAAGCAGUCUGGUUCAUUCCAGAGGUGGAAGAAAAGAUAUUUUAAGCUCAGAGAAGGAAAAAAAUUAUUUUAUGCAAAAAACAACAAUCAAAAUACCAUUUUUAAUGAAAUUGAUCUUCAAGACGUUAGCGUAGCAGAAACUGGCAUCAGGAAUGCCAACAACAGUUUUACAGUUAUUACUCCUUAUCGUAGUCUCGUGCUUUGUGCUGAAAGUAGGAAAGAAAUGGAUGAAUGGUUUGGCUGUCUAAAAGCUCUUUGUAACCGAAGAUCRACACAAUCAGAUAUAUUGGACCAGCUGACAGGCACACACAACUGGUACUCCUGUGCUCACUCCAGGCCGACAUUCUGUAAUGUGUGUAAAGAUAUACUCUCUGGUGUUACUUCGAAAGGAUUGUCUUGUGAAGUUUGCAGAUUCAAAGUUCAUAGACGAUGUGCUGCCAAGGCUCCAAAUAACUGCAAAUGGACAACUAUACAGUCUCUUAAAAGAGAAGAGUUGGAGUUUGAUGAAUCUGACCCUAUGUCGGUACCACAUCAGUGGCAGGAAGGUAACUUAAUACCAGGGUCCAGGUGCAGUGUUUGUGAUCGGCAGUGUGGAAGUAAAAGACGAUUACAAGACUUUAGAUGUUUAUGGUGUAAUAUGACAGUUCAUUCGGCUUGCAAGCCUUCAGCAGCAACAAAAUGUACGCUUGGUGAAAACGCAUUAUCAAUUCUUUCUCCACUGUGCCUGGAAGGACCAAUGGGACCAGGUCGAUUAGAGGCAUUUAAACCCACAGGUUUAAGUCCGUUAUUGGUAUUUGUGAAUUCUAAAAGUGGUGAUAAUCAAGGUGUUAAAUUUAUUCGAAAAUUCAAGCAAUUAUUAAAUCCUAUUCAAGUGUUUGACCUUGGAGUAGGAGGACCUCAGCAAGGGAUUCAAAUAUUUAAACAAUUCAGUCGGUUUCGUAUAUUAGUGUGUGGCGGAGAUGGAUCAAUAGGAUGGGUCAUGAAGGAAGUGGAUAACAUGAAUUUAACUAAUAAAGUUCAGAUAGGAGUUUUACCUUUGGGCACUGGGAAUGAUUUAUCAAGAGUUCUUGGUUGGGGAACAACAUUCACAGAUGACAGUGCUGUUCCUCAGUUCUUACAACAUUUAGAGAGAGCUAAAGCACUUAUGCUUGACAGGUGGAGCAUCAUGACACAGGAAUGUAACCCUACUCUUCCUCCAUCAAGAAGUUCAUCUAUAGAAGGACUUGAUUCUCCUAUACCUUACCAACAGGAAUUUGACAACAUGUACAUGUUUGAAAACAAUGUUGCCGCUCAUCUUACUCGAAUAUUACACUCAAGUCAGCAUCACACUGUUAUAUCAUCAGCAAAAGUGUUAUGCGAAACUGUCAAAGAUUUUGUCUCCAAAGUUGGAGCAGCUUCAGCAAGUUCAGAUCCAGAGGAAGCAAAAGAGCCAGGGUCACUGGCACAAAAAUGUGAAAUACUGAAUGAAAAGCUAAAUCUUCUACUAAAAGCACUGAGCAUAGAAUCAGAAGCCUCACCUCCCCCAGCAAAAGAAGAGAUAUCAGAUUUGUCAGAGAAUAACUCUGUCAAUAAUAAUGGAAAGACACAGAAAGUGUUUGUUCCCCGUGAAGCUUUGAUGUCACGUGCUAACAGUCUGAAAAAAGCACUCAAGCAAAUAAUACAGCACACUGAAACAGCUGUAGAUGAACAGAAUGCUCGAACAAGUCCUUCAACAUCGUCUCUAGCAAAAGCCAUAGUAGAAGGAGCAACGGCAGCUGCUGAUGAAGUAGUGACAACCUCUUCAUCAGCCCCUGUUUUAGAAUCUGUACUAGAGAGUACAGCGGAUCAGGAACUAGAAUCAGAGCUUCCAAGCUAUCUUGAUGUCAAUCCCAUAGACAAGCUACUAUCAGAACCAGACAAUGACGUAGCAGUUGACAUGCAGGCCUCCAAUAACCUAUCAGCAGCACCAGUCAGUCGUAGUGAUGCCAGAUUCUUGAGCCGAGGUAGCUCUUACCCCUAUCAAUAUGAGCCAUCUUUCGAUGACCUUCUAGCAAAGCAGAGCAGCAGUAAAUCUACUGUACAGUUUAAUUCCUGUAUAAUAUCCAAAGCAUUUCUGAAGGACAGACCCAAGGAUAGUAUUGUAGGGUCAUUGAUAGGAAAAGCACUGCUUGCUAAUGCAGAUGCUUUGUGUGCUGCAGCUACUCCUAUGAUGAAUACUAUAUCAGAUGUGGAUGGCUAUAAUGAAAAAUGCACCAUGAAUAAUUACUUUGGUAUUGGAAUAGACGCCAAGAUCUGCCUUGAUUUUCACAACCGGCGAGAAGAACACCCAGAAAAAUAUAGGAGUCGCAAGAAAAACAUGAUUUGGUACGGCUUCUUGGGAGGAAAGGAGUUCGUGCAGCGAACAUACAAGAAUUUGGACCAGAGAGUCAAACUAGAGUGUGAUGGAAAUAGGAUAUCACUACCAAGCUUGCAAGGCAUUGUCGUCUUAAAUAUAACAAGGGGAUAUCUAAAGUAUUUGGAGGGAUGCAGCACCAUCGAAUAGCACAGUGCCGCGUCGUUAAGAUUACCAUAACUGGUGAACCAAUCCCCGUACAAGUAGACGGUGAAGCCUGGAUGCAGACACCUGGCUACAUCAAGAUUGUACAGAAAAAUAGAGCGCAGAUGUUGGUUAGAGAUAGGGCUUUUGAGAACACCCUAAAACUGUGGACGGACAUCCAGCAAGAAAAGAACGCACUGAUCAAUGAUUUUGAGAAUGAGACACUGAAGUCUCUAGCCGUAGCCAUUACUCCUCUUAUUCAGAGUGUGCGAGAAGCAAGUAAAUACAGCCCUGAACUUGAGGAAGACUUAUUCGAGUGGUCCACAAUGAUAGAGAGACUUCUACCUGAUAACAAGUCCCAAGAGAAUCUUAGCCGCACUCGAGCAGUGGACUUCCUAUCAAAUGCUAAAGCCUUCACUCAAGAGGUCAUUUGGUUCUUGAACGAGAAGCUGCAGUCCUUAGUUCCACCAUUACGAGAAGAUAAAUUGACAUCCAUUACUACAGCACUGAAUGCAGUUGAACCAGAGCUUCUACGAGCGGUCGAUGUUUGUGGCUUGCCUGAUCUUGAUGAUGAGAGGGACAAAGCGACGAAUAGCAAAGGCAAGAGUAAAUUCUCGUUUGGAUUGUUGAGGUCGAAGAAACCGGAAAUGACGAAGGCUGUCACUGCACCAGCAGGACGCAUGAUCCAGUACUGGGGAGUUGAAGAAGUUGGCAGAUGGUUAGAAAAUAUAGGACUGGUUGAAUAUCGAGACUUGUUUGCCAGAAAUGACAUUUGUGGUAAUGAACUACUCAAUCUUACUAGACCCGACCUCAAGGACUUGGGGGUCACCAAGGUGGGACACAUCAAGCGGAUUCUUCACGGCAUCAAACAGCUCUGUGGGGGACUGUCACCAAGAUCAGCUGCAAAAAUAGAAAGAACCUCGAAAUGCGAAGAAAAGCCUUCCAGAUCUACUUACCUCGAUAAGGAAUACAGCCACUAAACUAAGAAUUAUUCCAUCCACUCCUACUAGUAAGUUGGCUAUCUUUGCAACACGAUCAAAGCAAGCACUGAAUCUCAUCAAAUGGGAAACUCUAGUUAUUAGAAGAAAAACCCCACAAAAAAAUUCCUGAAGAUAUUUAAGCAAAUGUGGUCAAAAAUAUGAAUAUUCGUCCUUCAUCAAUGGGAUAAGGAAAGAAGUAUUCGAGACAAACUACUCCAUACCAUACMCAAGAAAUUCGASAACAAA